AACUGGCACACACACAGACCCACACCACGCUCCCAUUGAAGACCAGUGGACACAUCCUGACCUACUGGAAGUGUUGUUGUUGUAGUGCUGCAGACUGAGACUGUGCAGACCGACGGACAUGUUAACAAAGACCCGCCUCGGGAAGCGUUCUCCAUUUGGUGAGUCGGUGAGCGCCACCUGCAGGACGCCAGGAAACCACACUCACCUGCAGACGGCUGAGACCAUGGCACCCGCAGCAGGACCACAGGCCGGGGGCCGAGUCCGACGUCAUCCCGGACUGAAGGUGUACUUUCAGUGCGGAGGAGGUGAGUGUCCAGGUCGGGUGGAUCAGCUGGACCUGAUGAAGAGUAAAGACUCUGAGUCUCAUCCCUCCUCCUCCUCAGUGCCUCCGUCCAGCAGCAGAUGUGUCUCCUCCUGCAUCGACGUCCCCAGGAGCCAGGGGAGUCCACAGGACCUGGACAUGGACGAGCUGAUGGCGGCGCUGGUUCUCAGCAGUUUGUCCGGCAGCCCGUUGCUGCACAGCCCGGCCAAGCCAGAGCCGGCAGCUCCUCCGAUGGAGUGCGGGGGGGGCGAGCUCUCUGACAGCAGCAGCGGCUACUGGAGCGUCGGCCACGCCAUCGGAAGCCCGGCGCCCUCUCCACCAAUCACAGAGCCGGACGCCAGCCCGGCCCGGCCCCCGGACGAGGGGCUGGAGAUGGAGCUGGAGCGGUUUGACGAGCCGGCGCCGCGGAAACGCAGGAACUCUGGGAAGGUGGCGUACAGGUGUCUGUGGCCCGCCUGCGGGAAGGUGCUGACCACAGUGGUGGGAAUCAAACGUCACAUCAGGACAACACACCUGUGCCGCGGCAGCGAACACGAGCGCUGUUCUCGCAGCGAGGAGGAUUUCUACUACACCGAGGUCGCCCCGCGGCAGUCUCCUCCCCAACCUAUCCUCGUUGGCCCCGCCCCCUCCUCACCGACCAUCUCACCUGCCCCCCCCUCCCCACCCCCCAGCACUGCCCCUCCAUCUCCCCCCUCCUUGACCGAUGACACUCUGAGUCGCUCCGCCCCUUCCUCCUCUGGCCACACCUGGCAGGUCCAAUCAGAGCACUCCUACCAGGCUCAUGUGGUUUCAGAGGCAGCGGCAAACGUGACUUCCUGUCGUUGGACAGCUCCGCCCUCCACCUGCCACAGCAGACAGGGUUUGGCGUUUCGGGUGCGUUCGGUCAGUGUAGGAGAGCAGUGGCUGCAGCACCAGAGCGCCCCCUGCAGGAGGACUCGUGGUGAAGCCAAGAAGUGUCGUAAAGUUUACGGCAUCGAACACAGAGAUCAGUGGUGCACCGCCUGUCGCUGGAAGAAGGCCUGCCAACGCUUCCUGGACUGAACCGAGGAGGAGAAGUGGGACUCGUACUUUCUUACAUCUGAAUCCAGAUUCUUUUUAUACUCUUUCUACAUUUGCUAAAAGUGUCUUUUUAUUCUUGAAUGUGUAGUUUGUAGCUGAACCUGUUUUAAUGAAAAGAUUUGAGGCAGCUAUGAUGUGACCUUUGACCUUCGAGGCAGCUGAGCGUGUUUUUGCAUCCGGUCGACUCUCCUCGGGUUUUCUGGAAAAAAAACAAACUGCUUCUCUGUCAGGAUCAGAGAAAUAAACAAUAAUAACAAUAAAUAUGUAAAUGAAGAAAAAGCCAAAAUGUCCCAGAUCCCAACACUGGCAUCUUGUGGCGAUGACGUCAUUUGAGUCAGAGUCUGUGGUGAUUGGGGGAUGGAGUCCACGGACAUGAGGUCCCACGCACUCGACCUAUUGAGAGGCAGUCUCACCUGUUAGUCCAUAUCCAGCCACCAGGGGGCAGGCUGCAGUGACUCGGCUUCACUUUUGGGAGCCAUGUCAUGUCGUCCAUCUUUAUUAUCAGUGUUUGUAUCAGUGUAAACGCUUUGACCUGAUUGGUUGAGACAUUGGCGUGUGUUUAAUGAGCUGGUGGGUUAUCUGCAUUAGCCCCUGAGCUAACUGACUGGGUGCUGGUCGACUGACAGUCAGCUGGAUAACUGACAGUGAGCUGGUUGACUGACAGUGAGCAGGUUACCUCUGAGGCUUUUAUCCCUCUACAGUGACUUUUUAUUAAACAUAAGGACAUGUCAGUGUAAACAGCAGAGAACCGAGAGGAGAAAGGAUUUCAGACACUGUUGGGAUGGACCAUCACUAAAGCUCCGCCCCUCAACGCGUCCACUCAGCUACGUCAGGUGUCCACACGACUCGGGAGUUUUUAAAAUGGCUAAAAGUGAGAAGUUUAGAAUCGUUGGUCUCGUACUUAGAAAACUCUGGGGCUGCGUUUCAGUCUUGAUGCAAGGAAGCAGAAAUGUUUGGAAACAAUGCUGUAGACGCUUGCUGAUUGGAUCUUUCUGUCAUGAUGUAGCCUUCGCUGAUUGGUCGGGCUCCUGUCACAUGACAACCAGCAUCAGCCUCAGCUACCAGAGUAGAACACGACACUAGAAUCAAGUGUUACUGACCCAGUUGGCUUUGCUAGCAGCUGUUGUGUAUUUCAGUUCUGUCUUUUUCAAUGACACUACUUCGUACAUGUGGAGGAAGCCAGAUGUUAUAACAAAUUUUGAUAACUCUCGAUUGACAACCAAAUAAUUCCUGUUUUACCGACUCGUGCACAACAAGUGUACGUGAGUUUUCGGGCGUGUUAGACGGGGACUCAAAUUGUUGCGGAGCCAAGACACUCGUGAGGACAGGGACUGGUUUAGUCUGAAAAUGUCUUCAUACGGAUGCAGCCUAACUUGUCCCCACGCCCUGAGGGACCUGGGCCCCAACGGGUCCCGGGUCCAAACAUGGUUCAUUCUAUGUAAUUCUUUUUAAACCAAAAUGGUGCUGGACAAAAUGCCAAACUAAAGUCUUCACACGGCAGCUCACAAACUAAAUGGUGAUGUCACAGCAGGACGAGGUUCAUCUUCACGUGAGGUUUGACUUGUCGUGCGUUGGAAUCACAAUAAUUUGCUUUCAUUCUGAAGCCGUCAAACAUUUCAUCUCAUUGGUUUGGUCUCGUUAACGUCCUCGGUGUCUCCACGGAGACUUCGUACACCUCACUGUGAAUAUCCUGGUUUCAUUUCAGCUCUUUGUUUGAAGGCAGAAGCCACGUCCACUCCUAAGAUGCAGCCUCAUUCAGUAUUGAUCCACAUGUUUCAUAACAAGUAAUAACACACUUAUAUAUAUUCCUACAUAUCUCCUUUAUCCUGGUGUGUAUACAGAUAUAUAUACUGGGUCCAUAUAGACAAUAAUGAAUAUUCUUUAAGUCUUUAGAAGGCAUCAUUAAUGCAGAACUAGGUUCAUAUGCAGUAAAUGAGAAAAGUUGUAUUUAUCUUCUACCUGUUGGUGCUUUGUGUAAAUGUUGAUCAUUGUAAUCGUUUUUUCAGAUGCACUCUUUUAUACAUGUGAAAUCCUGAUGUUCUUUUAAUAAACUGAACGUAUUGAAAAACCUUCA